AUGCUGUUCAAUUAUCUAGCAAACAUUGCUCCUGGUUAUCCAAAUAUCACUGGUUCAACAUUUAUAGUUGAGGGAAAUCCUGUAACGUUGACAUGUACAUCAUACGGGGGUAACCCGAUACCAACAGUAUAUUGGUACCAAAACAAUCAGCUUGUAGAUGAUACACAGACCACCACAAAUGGAGUAACAACAAACACAUAUAACUUUGUCGCUGAUAAAACUCACAACCUGGCUGUGUUUGAAUGUCAGGUUGAUAAUAAUGUAUUACAGAACAAACUGAGUACAACAUGGUUCUUCCAAGUCUACACCGUACCAAACCAACCUACAUUGACUGGCUCUCAAAGUCUUUCACCUGGUUCUAUGUACGUAUGGACGUGUAUCAGCACGGGAGGGAAUCCCGCACCAACAUUGAUAUUGAGGAUUGGAAACAGUCAAUUCAGUACUGGUAUCACCAAAACAUCAGUACUGCAAUCAGAUAAAACCCAUUCUGUUACCAUCACACUAUCGUGGGCACCAAGUAUCAGUAACAAUGGUCAGACCCUUUAUUGUGAUGUAAAACAUCCAGAGACACGUGGUAAUAUCCUCCAGACGGCCAGUCUUCAGUUAACAGUUACCGUUGCACCAUCAUACAUAAGAAUAUUACCAUCAUGUAUUGUGGUAAAUGAAGGUGAAAGUUUCACCCUAACUUGUGAGGCUGAUGGUGAUCCUCCCCCAACAUACAAAUGGUAUCACAAUGACGUUAUUAUACACGAAGGAGCUGUACUUACCAUAACUAAUUCCAUUUGAACUGAACAUGAUGGUUUAAUUUUGUGUAAAGCUACCAACACUAAGGGAAUCAGAGAGACAUGGGAAGGUGUUGAUGUUCAGCAUAUUCCAGUGAGUACUGUAACACAGACAAACAUAUCACAAACAGUUGGUAAUCCUGUCAGUCUGAGCUGUGAUACACGUGCUAACCCUUCGGCUACUACUUGGGAAUGGUUUUAU